AUGGCUUCAAUCAUCAAGCUAUCUGUCUUUCUCCUUCCAUUGCUGUUUGCAUCUCUGGUUCUUGCCCAUACCAAUCCAUCGAAUGAUCCCAAUUACAUAACCGACGACGGCAAUGAACCAUGCACCCCCGGAGCCUCCCCCCCUGGCGAUGGCGCAGGCCCUAAUAAAGAUUGCCCCAAUAAGAACAAAGGCCAAGGAGGCGGUGGCGGAAUCCCUAAUAAAGAUUGCCCCAAUAAGAACAAAGGCCAAGGAGGUGGAGGAGCCGCUCCUGCUGACGGAAAAGGCGGUGCAGGAAAAGGCGCGAUUUACGGAGGUAACGAUGUUAAGGCAUCGUUCUUUGGUCCACCGCUAUACCAACAGCCCCCGUUGGAGUCGAAAUAUAUGGGCGAAUGGAAGAUACAUAACCCUAACGCUGGCGUUUCCGCCAUGCAAUAUCAGUUGAUGCCAAAUAACAGAGCCGUUUGGUUCGAUACCACCAACCUCGGUCCAUCGGCUCUAGAACUCGGCCCGAAAGGAAACUGUCCACCGAAUCCCGACACUAACAACGAACCCGAUUGCUUUGCUCAUGCCGUAUCAUACGACAUUGAGUCCGGCGUCACCACCCCAGUUUAUAUCCGGACCGAUCCAUGGUGCUCAUCGGGACACUUGUUGCCAAACGGCGACCUCAUGUCUACCGGAGGUAAUAAAAUGGGUUUUAGAAGUGUUCGAAUUCUAAGUGGGAAUACUCCGACUCCAAAGUUCGAAGAACGAGAAAACGCUCUUGGUGCUAACAGAUGGUAUCCAUCCAACUGUGUUCUGGAAGACGGGAGCGCGGUGGUCGUCGGAGGUCGCGACGCCUAUAGUUACGACCUCGUGCCACCACAAGUGGACGGAAAAACCCAAUUGUUCGAUUUCCCGUUCCUCAAACAAACCACCGAUCCCCCCGUCAUCCAAGGCUUUUACGUUGAAAACAACCUUUACCCGUUCGUUUUCCUACUCCCCGACGGCAACGUAUUCAUCUUCGCCAACGACCGCGCCAUCGCUUUCGAUCCAAAAACCGGCAAGACCGUGAAGGAGUUCCCACCGUUGGAAGGCACCUCCCGCAACUAUCCCUCCUCCGGUAUGUCCGCUCUUUUCCCGCUGCGGCUCAGCCCUAAAUUCGAUCAACCGAUUAACGUCGAGGUGGUGGUUUGCGGCGGCAACAGCCACGACGCCAUCAACCAGGUGGACAAAAAGUACACCCAAAACCCAGUCUUCGUACCGGCGAACGCCGAUUGCAACCGAAUCAAAGUCAUGGCUGAUAAACCGGUAUGGGAGAAAGAACAAGACAUGCCGACACCAAGAACCAUGGGAGAUCUCCUCCAACUUCCCAACGGCCAAUUCCUUCUGAUCAACGGCGCCAAAAAAGGUUGCUCCGGUUGGGAAGACGGUGAAGAUCCUAACCUAACUCCGACCGUCUAUAUGCCGGAAAAAGAAAUGGGUAAAAGAUUCAAAGAACUACAACCGACAACCAUCCCCAGGAUGUACCAUUCCGUUUCAUCGGUUCUUCCCGACGGUAAGAUUCUGGUCGCCGGAAGCAACGCCCACCAGUUCUACACUUUCGAUGGUCCAUAUUACCCAACAGAACUACGAGUAGAGAAAUUCUCACCCCAUUAUCUCGACCCCACAUUCGAUAAAGAGCGUCCGGUGAUCAACUUCGGUACCGACAUCGUUCUGAAAUACGGGAAACCGUUCAAGGUGACGUUCACGAUGAAGCCGGACAAGCAGUUGGGGUAUGGAGAUAUCAUCGUGACAUUAUUGUAUCCGCCGUUUACUACUCAUGGUUUCAGUCAGAAUCAGAGGAUGAUCAUUCUUGGGGUUGAAGGAGUGGACAAGAAUGUGGUCUCCGCCGUGGCUCCGCCGUCUGGAAAGAUCGCACCGCCGGGAUACUAUUUGUUGUUUGUGAACAACCGUAGUGUGCCAAGCGCAGGCAUCUGGGUGCAUCUUGACUAG